AUGACGGAGACGGGUCACGUAGAACUUGGAGAAGGCGAAAGACAAGCGGAUUACUCCCGCGUUCAUCCUCACACUACACUCGAUUCCCACCGAACUCUAUGGAUGGGUGACCUAUUGCCGCAGUGGGACGCACAAUUCAUAUCCAAUGCUUUCAAGGAGCUCGGUCACACUCCGUCAACAGUAAAAAUGGUCACCGAUCGGCAAACGGGAGCAAAUUGUGCAUAUUGCUUCGUAGAGUUUUCAUCAUCCGAUGAAGCUCGGGACGCAAUGUUGAGAGCAAACGGGCACAGGAUCCCUAAUAGUGUACCGCGAUCCCGAUUCAACUUAUCGUUUGCCAAUGAUCCAAGAGUACCAUCAAUCGAGUUCAACCUUUUUGUAAAUAACAUCCAUCCAGAUCUCGACGAUGCCGCUUUGUACCAGGUGUUUGGAGCGCGUUACCGUUCAUGUCGUGGAGCUAAAGUAUACCGUAAUCGAGAUGGUUCUUCACGGUGCUUGGGCUUUAUCAGAUUUGGUGACCAAACUGAGCAACAAAUGGCUUUGGUAGAAAUGAACAAAACUGUGGUUCGUGGACGCGAGAUUAUCCUAAAACUUGCCGCUGCAAAGCAGCGGCUUCCUAGACAUCAAAUUCGUGAAGGCAUGCAGCCUCAGCUAAUUGCUGAUCCAUCGCUAGCUUCCUAUAACCAAAUGGCUUACCAACCAAUCCAACAACAUCAACAACAUCAACAACCACAGGUCGCUUACCAGUAUCAGCAACAGCAACCUGCUUAUGUUCAACCUCCACAACUCAUCCUUCCCUACAAUCCUACUGCUGAGGAAGCCAAUGCUGAUCUCAUCGCUAACGGUGACGAAUGGUGGGAGGUGUUGGAGGAGAGCAGAUGGUCAGCUUGUAUAGUUGAUCCAGCAUGGAAAGAACGUGAACUCUGCUUGCGACUGAACGACAAUAGGUGGUGGUGGGGGAAGCUAGGUUGA